AUGGCGGUGGUGUAUUACAAGUUCAAGAGCUCCAAAGAUUCCCACUCCCUUCCCAUCGACGGUCCUUUCAUUUCACUCUCCGAUUUCAAACACCAAAUCUUCGCUUCCAAACGCUACGGUAAUGGCAACGAUUUCGACUUACUCAUCUCCGAUGCCAAAACCGAUCAACAGUUGGCCAAAGGGUCUUCUUUGAUCCUCGCAAACUCUUACCUUUUGAUCCGUCGUGUUCCUCGACCUCCUGGAUUACCCAUCGUUAUCGGCGGAGAAGAAAAUCCCAAUAUCCAAACCAACUCACCAUCUGUUGUAGUAAAAGAGGAGCUUCAAGAACAAGGCUUCGAUUUCGAUGAUUUCGGACUUGAUUUUACUUCUAUUUCCAACAACUCAAUUGCUAAACCAGGAGAUACCCAUUGUAAAGAAACCAAAAUCGACCAUGGGUUUAAAAUUUCAUCUGUUAAAACCUUGGGGAAGUGGCGGCAAAUUCCGCCGCGGAGUUAUGUCUGUCGUCGAUGCAAUGUGGGUGGACAUUAUAUUCACCAUUGCCCUACUAAUGGUGACCCUAAAUUUGACCGUAAAAGGGCUUCCAGCACAUCCGAUUCGAGUUCUAAAAGCUCUGGGAUUUCGUACGCUUCGAUUUCAACAACUUCGAGUAGCUGUAACUCCACGACAGUACCACCCGAACUUCACUGCCCUUUGUGCAAACAAGUAAUGGAAGAUGCUGUUUUGACGAGGUGCUGUUUCUCUAGUUUCUGUGAAAAAUGCGUGAGAGAUCGCAUUGUUUCAAUGGCUACCUGCGUUUGCAGAAGACAAAUAGUGGCUGACGACAUUCUUCCUAAUAUGACUCUUAGAGAUACUAUCAACCGAUUUCUGAAUAAUCAAUCUGGAACUGAAACUUCCGCCAUGAAGAGGAAGCUCGUUAACGCAGAGAAUGAAGAUGAGGAACAAAGGAAGAAGAUGAAGAAGACAGAGCAGAGACCGGUAAUUAAGGCAGGAUAA